AUGACUUUAAAUAAUAAUAAUAGUAGUGGUAAUAUAUCACCAACUACAACAUUAAAAAAUGGUGUUGUUUUUCCUAAAAUAAUUAAUGGUAUGUGGCAAAUGGCAGGUGGACAUGGUAAAGUCAAUUAUAAAAAUGCAUUAUCUGAUAUGAUAGAUCAUGUAAACCAUGGAUUCAAUUGUUUUGAUAUGGCAGAUCAUUAUGGGCCAGCAGAGGAUAUUUUUGGAGAAUUAAAAACACAAUUGAAAAGUGAAGAAAGUAAAAAGCAUGCUAUUGGCUUUACCAAGUGGUUCCCAAGACCAGGUAACAUGACAUUGGAAAAUGUUAGAACUUUUAUUCAUUCAUCAUUAAUUAGAACAAAAUCAAAUUCCAUUGAUUUAUUACAAUUUCAUUGGUGGGACUAUGAUGAUGAAAGAUAUUUAAAUGCAGUUCAGUCAUUAAAACAAUUACAAUCUGAAGGUUUAAUAGAUUCCAUUGGUUUAACAAAUUUUGAUACUACCAGAUUAAAAAUUAUUGUAGAUAGCGGUGUAGAUAUUGUAUCAUCACAAGUAUCAUACUCAAUUAUUGAUAGAAGAGCAAAGAGUAGAAUGACACAGUAUUGUAGAGAGAAUAAUAUUUAUAUUUUAGCAUAUGGUGUAUGUUUAGGUGGAUUGUUAUCUGAAAAGUUUUUAGGGGUACCAGAGCCAUCACAAAUAGCAUUAAAUACAUGGAGUUUAUCAAAAUAUAAAGAUUCAAUAAACAGAUGGGGAAAUUGGAAUUUGUUUCAAGAGCUAUUGGAAGUUUUAAAAACAAUUGGUUUGAAAUAUUCCGUAUCUUUGACUCUUGUAGCAAUUAGAUAUGUUUUACAGCAAGAAAUGGUCGGUGGCGUUGUUAUAGGUUGCAGAUUUGGUAUUCAUCAACAUAUCGAUGAAAAUAAACGUUUGUUUACAUUUAAAUUAGAAGACUCUGAUAUAAAACAAAUUGAUAGAAUUGCACUUAAGGGUGAUUGUAUGUUAGGAUGGGUAGAUUGCGGCGACGAAUACAGAUAA